CUCCCCGCCGCCGCGCGCGCUUUGACAAAGUUGCGGACUGGGCCUAAGCUCCCGCGCACGGGUGUGAGUAAUGCUCUCCGGGCUUCUUCCGCGUUGGGCGCUUCCACCCUGGCUGUCCCGAGCGCGGCCACCCUCUUUUUCUUCACCCUGUCUACUUCUUCCAUUUCUGGGAUGGUUUUCCUUUAGGGCUUCUGGCCUUGUUCUUGAAUCCACAUGUCGUUGGGACGCUGUCGUGGAAGCCUCACCCAGGAGUGCAGUUCCCGCGAAGACCCCACUGGGUGACUCCUCAACUCUGCCACCAUGAACGGGGUCGUAAUCCCCCAAACACCCAUCGCUGUGGAUUUUUGGAGCCUGCGCCGUGCUGGUACCGCGCGGCUCUUCUUCUUAUCCCACAUGCACUGUGACCACACGGUGGGCCUGUCUAGCACUUGGGCACGGCCCCUCUACUGCUCUCCCAUCACUGCCCACCUCUUGCAUCGUCGCCUGCAGGUGUCUAAGCAGUGGAUCCGAGCUCUGGAGAUUGGUGAGAGCCAUGUAUUACCUCUAGAUGAAAUUGGACAAGAAACCAUGACUGUAACCCUCAUAGAUGCCAAUCACUGUCCUGGUUCUGUCAUGUUUCUCUUUGAAGGAUACUUUGGAACAAUUCUCUACACAGGUGAUUUUCGAUAUACACCGUCCAUGCUGAAGGAGCCUGCUCUGACACUAGGGAAACAGAUUCAUACUUUAUAUCUAGACAACACCAAUUGCAACCCAGCCCUUGUUCUUCCUUCCCGACAGGAAGCUACUCAACAGAUUAUCCAGCUAAUCCGACAGUUCCCCCAACACAACAUAAAGAUUGGCCUCUAUAGUCUAGGAAAAGAAUCACUGCUGGAGCAGCUAGCCCUUGAGUUUCAGACCUGGGUGGUAUUGAGUCCUCAACGCCUGGAGUUGGUACAGCUGCUGGGCCUGGCAGACGUGUUCACAGUGGAGGAAGAAGCUGGGCGAAUCCACGCUGUGGACCACAUGGAAAUCUGCCAUUCGGCCAUGCUUCAGUGGAACCAGACCCACCCCACCAUUGCUAUUUUCCCCACAAGCCGGAAAAUACGAAGCCCUCACCCCAGCAUCUACAGCAUCCCUUACUCUGACCAUUCAUCCUACUCUGAGCUUCGAGCAUUUGUUGCAGCUCUGAGGCCUUGCCAGGUGGUGCCCAUAGUCCGUGAACAGCCUUGUGGAGAGUUUUUUCAGGAUAGCUUGAGUCCUAGACUCUCUAUGCCUCUGAUUCCACACUCUGUGCAACAAUACAUGAGUUCCUCCUCGAGGAAAACAAAUGUGUUUUGGCAGUUAGAAAGGAGGCUAAAGAGGCCAAGAACCCAGGGUGUUGUGUUUGAAUCCCCUGAGGAGAAAGCUGAUCAGGUUAAAGUUGACAGAGACUCAAAGAAACACAAAAAAGAAAGCCUCUCCCCCUGGGCUGGGUGCCUUUCGAGGCUUUGCCCCCAUCCUCUGCAGGCCAGGAAGCAGUUGUUCCCAGAUUUCUGCAGAAAAGAAGGUGAUGAGCCAGUUCUUUUCUGUGACUCCAACAAGAUGGCGACUGUGUUGACUGCCCCAUUGGAACUUUCAGUGCAGUUACAGCCUGUAGAUGAGUUUCCCUUUCCAGAAACCAGGGAGGAAAUUGGCUUAGGGUCCCCAUUGUGGUCAGGGGGAGGCAGUGGCUCACCAACGAGAGGGAAGCAAAGCAAUGGCAUGGGCUGUGGUUCUCCCCCAACUCACAUUAGCAGAACCACUCAUCUAACUCCUGAGUCCGGGGGCCUGGCGUUAAAAUACCUUCUUACUCCAGUGGAUUUCCUCCAAGCAGGGUUCUCCUCCAGGAACUUUGACCAGCAAGUGGAAAAACACCAGAGAGUGCAGUGUAACAAUCCUGCAGUUAUGAACACAGUGGAUGAUGUCUAGUGGCAAGAGUUGGCUUGGUGUCUUCCUUUACAGAAUCCUGUGGCUCACUCUGAGUGGCUCUUCUAAAGCUUUUUAUGAAGUCCUGGUGCCUAAGAAACCCUUAGUUUUAUAGUACAUUUAUUGCUUAAUUUUAUUAUAUUUAAGAAACAGUUUUCAUUAUAUAAACUAUUCAGUGUUCAUAAGCACAUUGAAAGUUCUUAGAAGUUCCAUAGCAAUUUAAUUUGUUCCACUUGGUUUAACCCAGUUUUUCUCAACCCUUUAUCAGCAUCAAGUUUGUUUGUUUUUUUGUUUUGUUAGAGUCUGAAUCAAAAAGAAUCAGGCUUGUCCCGUUGUCAUUUCCUUUGUUAUAUCCCAGUCCCCAAGUUCCCAUCACCCUUUUUCCAGAUAAAAGUCUACAUUAUUUAUUUUCAGACUGUAAUUUAUAGUGCUGGAGGAUAAAGUGGGGGUGCAGAGCAGCAUGUUCUAACCCUGACUGUCACUGACUCGCUGUGACAUGACCCUACCCAAGUAACUUCCUGUCUCUGCCUCUUGGAGUGAACAGGAAACCAUGAAAAGGCAUUGAAACAGUGUUAGGAAAAUAACACCUUCCUCCUGCGUGAAGGGGUUUAGUAACUGUCAUGAGACCUCCAUCUGGAACAUAGCCGUUUGGAGGUUAGACACCACGCACCAUGGUGGCGCAUGGGACAAGCUGAACAUUAAGGUUUAGAACAUGUCAGUGCUACUGGAUGCUUGCAGACACUGCUUUGUUAAAGCUACAGAAGAUCAAAUGUGCUGCCAGAUAUCCUCUGAUGGUUCACAUAGCUGGGAUUUUCCCCCCCACCCCCACAAGUUUGAAUUAGGGAGCCAGAGCACAGAGCUUGUUUGUUUUAGUAUCCAGGGGAGAGAGACCAAGGAGCCAGCUGGCUGGAACGGGUCAGAGUAUGCAGUUCUACCCUGCCCUGCUCAUAACCUGACAAAAUGCCAAACCAAUAAGCAAGACAGCUGAUAGCAGAGCCAUGAGGAAAUGUGCUCUGGGAGGGUGCAGGCAAGGAGCAGCUUAGGCCUGGAACCAUGAGCAGUAACAAUAAAGAAAGUCGCCUCACCCUUGGGAAGGAGGGAGGAGCUCUGCUACUUUGGGAGGGAGAAGUGGAGUUUAUUGAGCAAAAUAAGACUUUGCUCUCGGACACACUGUACUCAGUUCUGUUUUUGUCAGUGACCUUCCUAUAAACCUCUAAGGGCUUCAUAGGAACUGCAGCAGGUGAGGCAUGUGGUUCAACAGGAAACCUAGACAUUGGCUGGAAUCCAGGGCACAUGGCAAAUUGUUUGAAUAGAUGAGCCUUACUCAGCUGCAAUGUGGGGGCUGAGAUAUCUACCUCCCAUGAUUGCUAUGCAGACUAUUGGUAAAAUUCCCUAGCUCAUUGCCUGGCACAUGACAGUAUUUCAAAUAUUGGUUUUCGUAGCUAAAAGUCUAGCUCUGGUAGGAUGGGUGCUUAGCAAACUGAAAUUCUGGAUUCUAUCCUGAGUGCCAAAAAAAGAGGCAAUCUUCAAAACAAUUUUCUAUGAAAACACAAAGUUAAAUGUUUUCCACGUAGACUAGUUGAUGGGCAUUUUUCUAGUCUUUCUGAGGAUAUGUGUAAAAUCUGUACAUUUUCAGAAGUAGGAUAUUUCACACAUGUGCACACACACAAAGGGUGCAGAACAGAUGGCCAAGUGGUUAAGAGCUCUUAAUGUGCUGCUCUUGAAGACCUGACUUUGGUUCCCAGCACCUUCAUUGGGUUGAUCAUAACUCAAGUUCCAGGGGUCUUUCACCUUCUGACCUCUGUGAAUAACUGCACAAAAACUUGUAUGGUCUCACACAAUACACAUAAAUAAAAAUUUUUAAAUAAUGUUUUGAAGGGGGCCAGGGAGAUGGCUCAGUGGGUAAAAGCACUUGUCACACAAACUGGUGAACUAGAUUCAAUCCCCAGAACCCACAUAAAAGUGAAGGAGAACUGAGUCAAUAAAGCUGUCCUCCAGCUGGUUGCCAUGCUUGCCUAUGAACAAUACUAAAAGGGGGGCCAUAAGAUAACACUGUAUAUGAUUCCUUAAUUCCUUAAUUGGAACUCAAAGUGCCAUUAUAAAAAAUGCUUUGUUAAUAGGAUGUAACUACAUGUUAAUAAAUCAUUCUCAUAUUAUUCAACA